AUGUUCAGUGGCUCCAGCCCGCCCAAAGACAGAUCUGACCCCACUCCCGUUCCUGGAUUUGACACAAGUCCAUUGAGCCUCCAUCCCGAGAACGCCAGUCCCCGCGACAAGCGAUUCUCCCCUCCUUCGUCUCUUCCCGGAUCUGGUUUCUUCCGCCGACAGACUGAAGAUCUAGCGCCUAUCGGUGAGAAGAAACGUCGCAGUAGUACCGUUACCAAAGCCGCAAGUUUCUUCAACAGCGCCAAAAACUCUCUUAGUCUCAGCAGCUCGCGGGACUCGUCGACAUUCAGUACAAGCCCCUCGAUCGUGGAGAGCCCACUAGAAAGACUGGGAAAGAUGGACCCCGCUCUAAGUGUACCCCAGGGAUCGCUGAACAACUCCGCUGGAGAAUCGAUACCCACUUCGCGCUCCUCUUUCCGCGUGGGCGUAACAGAAGAUCGGAAUCGAAAAUGUCGUCGUACAAUGGAAGACACACAUGCCUACUUGUACAACUUUCUCGGUACCCCGUCGCCGAAUUCACAUCCCGAGAUACACGGCAACGAUCCUCCGAACGAAUCACAGAAGUCCCAUGACCUAUCUAAUAUUGUGGAAACAGAUAAUGGCUACUUUGCAAUCUUCGAUGGACAUGCUGGUACCUUUGCUGCUGAGUGGUGCGGCAAGAAGCUGCAUUUGAUUCUGGAGGACAUUAUGCGCAGAAACCCCAACACACCUGUCCCAGAGCUUCUUGAUCAGACAUUUACGAGUGUCGAUCAUCAGCUAGAGAAACUACCCGUCAAAAAUAGCGGAUGCACGGCUGUUACUGCCGUUCUCCGCUGGGAGGACCGAGUGCCCAACUCUCAUUCAGCCACUGGCUCGGCUGCUCUUGCACCUGAUGUCGCGAGCAAAGGCGAUACCAACUCUGAGAACACGGAGACUCCAACUCAAGAAGCACCAGGAUCCUUCUCAAAGUUGCAGGAAAAGGCCCUUCGUCAGCGAGUCUUGUAUACCGCCAACGUUGGUGACGCCCGCAUCGUUUUGUGUCGCAACGGAAAGGCGCUUCGACUAUCAUACGAUCACAAGGGUAGCGAUGAGAAUGAAGGCAAGCGCAUUGCAAACGCCGGUGGCCUCAUUCUUAAUAAUCGUGUCAAUGGUGUCCUGGCCGUUACGCGUGCUUUGGGAGAUACAUAUCUCAAAGACCUCGUCACCGGGCAUCCUUACACAACGGAGACGGUUAUUCAACCCAGUGCCGAUGAGUUUAUCAUCCUGGCUUGCGAUGGAUUAUGGGACGUCUGCAGUGACCAGGAAGCUGUUGAUUUGAUCCGGAAUGAGCAAGAUGCUCAACACGCUUCCCGCAUACUGGUUGACUAUGCCCUUGCGCGCUUCAGUACUGACAACCUUUCUAUCAUGGUCAUUCGACUUGACAGCGCCCGUCUCCAGGACGUGAUCAACAAUAAGGCAGAACUGAUCGGUGUGGAUGGUGAUCCAUCCACCAACCUUGCUCUGGGUGUGAGCGAAGCCGACAAGAUAGUCGAGGUAGCUCGGCAGCGUAUGGCCAGUACGGAACUUGACGACAAUUUCACAGACUCCGAACGGAAAAACGACAAUCUUCACAAAACAACUAGUAUCUCCGAUACUGGUUUUGAAAUCUCAUUUGACGACAGCAGCGAUCUGCCAUCGCGGGAGCUAGGCUCCAAAAAUGGUUCUUAA